UGUUUCGUGGCAAAAAUCGAUUACUUGUGUUUGGUUUUGUUUUGGUUCGUUUUGUCCUGUUCCGGCUGUGAUCAUCUGAAAUCCUUUUAAAUUUUAUCUUUACACGGUGUUAUGGAUUUACAAUACGUAAUAGCGAUGUGAGUACAGUACUGUUCCGUAUCUUAUGCUACUGUAAUCUGUAAUCCGUUGUUAGCAGGUUCAAACUGCGAGAUGACGAAAUCAUUCACGCACGUAUAUUGUGCUUGGUAUCACUUUCUUGGAAAUUCAGUAGCACGGUAAUGGCGCAGGGUAGCGGGACGGCGUACAAGGAACUCAGGGAAAAGAUCUCCAAACGGGACCUUUUUGCUUGUCUUGCUCUUUGGACCGAGCGCUGUCCUCAUGGAACCAGCGAACAGGGUAUUGAGCAAGGACAGGAUGUUAAAAGUGAUGACAACGAUGAAGUGUUUGAAGAACCCCCGACGAAGAGGCAGAAAGAAGAUGGAUUUAUAGAGCAGAAUGUGGAAACAAGAAAUCAACCUAAUGUGAACGGGGGUAAUGGAAUAAUCAAGGAAGUUUCAGAGGCCAAAAAGAUUCUAAAUAAUCAAUUUAUUUCAAACAAUCACAAGUUCCAAGAAUCGGAGGUGGCCCCCGGUUUCCAAGAAACUGCAGAGAAAGUGAAAGUAAACAAAGUUGGUGUUGUGGUUACAGAUGCUGACGAUCAGAUUGUUGGGAUGGAUUUCUCCCAUGACAAUAUGCAUGCUGUGACAAGUGCCUUGAUUGGAAACCCUAUCCGGGCUAGAGGGGGAACUGUGUAUGUGUCAAGAAAGCCAUGUACAUUUUGUAUCAAAUUGUUGGCUGAAUUGAAAAUCAAAAGGAUUUUUUACCUGCCCUUUGAGCCAGAAAUCCCUGUUGAAGAUGAUUUGUGUAAUGCUGAGAGGAUUCAGAAAAUCUGUGGAAUUGCAGCAUCAGUUGCCGUGCCACACAUAAGCGAUUGUAUUCUGAAAGACUGUCUAUUAAAGGCCUCACCCUUUACUCAUAACAAAGCUGAUUAUAAAGAGACUGCACUUGAGUUUAUGAAGACGUACUGGAACAAUGACUGGUUAAGUAAAGCUAGCCGUCUUCUCAUGUGGCCAGAAUUUCAAGAUUUGUGCAGUGAAGUUUCAAUUCAGGUCAAGAAAAUGUUUGAUUGGUUGGCCAUUGUCACAAUCUGUGAUGUCCCAGACUGCACUGAAUUUGUUUCAUAUGACAAUUCAGGUAGUUUGAACAGCAUAAUAAAUUCUGGUAUAUUUUGCCCCAACCCUGAGAGUACAACCUGGCAAUCCCUGGCACUACACAUGGUCAGAAUGGCUCAUAUUCUGUCUAAAUACUCAGAUGACCCCACAAGAGGGGUAGGUGCUGUUAUCCUUAAAGAAAACAGCAUUGUAGGAGCUGGCUGGAAUUGCUACACCUCGGAUGCACUUUAUGGUGAUUUCCCUAGAGCUGCCAGUAAGCAUGUGCACAUCAAGAACAAGAGAUACCCCUUCUCGAUCCAUGGUGAGCAGAGUGUCAUUCUUCAUCGCUUUGUCACUGACAUCAAAGAUGAAUCUACUACUAUAUUUGUCAAUAAGAUGCCAUGCGAUGAGUGUGUUCCGCUGAUGCUCAGAGUUGGGGUCAAGAAUGUGGUGUUUCCACCAGAGAAAGCUAAGAAAUUCCAUACUCAACUGAAAGUUAACCUUCUUAAAACCAGUGUAGCAUCAGGUCGGCUGAGAGGGUUUGUAGCAAGGCAGUCUUCUGGCACUAGUGCUAUCAAGGAUUCUGAAUCUAGGAAUCAGUUUAAUGAUAUUAUGAAAGACUAGCAUAGUGAACAAAACCUGACCAAAUUUCAUAUUGUGCCUGGUGUCACUCUUAAUUUAUCCUUGAAUUACAUUUCAUUAGUCUAACUACUGUUAUGCAAGGAAUUUUUUAAGCAUUGAAAUUUCAUGAAGUAUUCUUUAUAUGACCCAGGCACAUAACCAGGAGUUGCUCGGUAAGGAUAUGUAGGUGGUUGGGGUGCAGUGAUAGAUAUCAUAGGACAAAAAACAUUAUUGAUGAUCCUUAAAAAAAAUUGGCUCACUUUUUGGCCUGUACCCUGACGUGCCUGUGGCCGUUACUUAAGUAAAUUUUUUAUGUUUUGGAAAAUCUUUUAUCUAAGGUAUAAAAAUAUAUUUAGAAAUAUUUUUCCAUGUACUUCUGACACUCUGAGAGAAAUUUACCCAGGAUGCAGAGGUUGAUUUGCUUCCAUCAAUAGGCAAGGAACUUAGUUUGAACAGAAUCGCUUUUUAUUAAUUUGGUGCUUUUAUUGGUAGCUUGCACACUUAGGACACUGAGAAUAAAGAAAUUUUGAAAUAUUUAGCAGUAUUUGGUGUGCUGUCAGAAUCUUUAUUUUGUCCAAUACAACUCAAAAUGAUACUGAAAGUCUGAAUUUUAUUAUUUGUUUAAUUUGAUAUUUUCAAAUUUCAAAAAUUUGCUUAUUCAGGAUAGAUGCACUCUGGUAAUUAUAAGUUUUCUGAUAACAAUGAAUGUAAUUUUGUCUGGGGUCAUAAAACAUAGCCACCUAGCAAAUAUAGGCCGUUUCAUUAUUUGUAUUUUUUACAAGUAUUUUUUUUAUUGGACCUUAUUCGAAAUGUAUCUAUUUAAAAGGCUAACUUGGUAGUUGGGAUGUUUUUUUGGCCCAGAAAAAUAGAAUUAGAAGGAAAUAAUAUCUAAUAAAAUCGUAGUUAAUAGUUAAUAUUAACUAUGAUAAAAUGUAACACACGGAAAUAUCUUUGAUUUACCGAUGUUAUAUACUCUUUUUUAUAAGAACCUUUUUUAUAAGGGCCAUUUUUAAGAACAAUAUAAAAACCUACUUAUUUAAACAAUGUUAUGACUAAUUAAUUUUUAACUUAACUAUUUUAACUUGUCACGAUUAAUUUUUAACUUUUAAUAUUUUAAUCAAAUUGUCAAUUAUCAUCAUUGUUUAUAUUUCUAUUAUAUUAAGCUUUUAGUUAAAAAAAAUGUAAAGCGCCAUUCAGCCUUAGGAAAUGGCGCUAUAAAAAUUAAGUAUUAUUAUUAUUAUUAUAUAAGAACGUCAAGGCUGAGAUAUCGCCAAAUUUUAACAACAUGCUAAGAACAUGCCGAGGCUCAGAUAGCAGAAAAAAAUUCUCUUUUAAUCCUGAUGCGUUCUAAAAUGCAGAAUCAAAUUGUGCUCAUAGAAACAACCUUAUUAUUGCUACCGAUCUUUAGUGUAAUCCUUUCCUUAUAAUUCAUUGGGUAUUAUAUUCUUAUAUACAAUAAAAUUUAAAAUGCUUCAAAAAUAA